UCUGCUGAACGAUGGGAGACAUGAAUGGCGAAAAUGGUGAAGAUAAAGGAUCAAACCGUAAAGAUAACGGCAAGGAUCGGGAUGUUUGCCGUGAUUAUUUGAACAAUAUUUGCAACAGAGGAAGCCGUUGCAAGUUUUACCAUCCAGAAGAACAUGACAACAAGGCACAAAAUGCUGCCGAUGAACCUUAUCAGUUUUGUAUUGACUUUCAGAACCAAGGCUGCAGUCGCGAUAAUUGUCGCUAUGUUCAUGCGUUUCGCGAAGAUGUUGAGCGCUACAAGCGCACUGGCGAUGUGACGCUUGGUCUUGCGCGUGCUUUAGCUGCAUUGAUGCGUGGUGAUACAAUCAACUCAAUUCCCCUUUGCAAGGAAUUCCAAAAUGGGCAUUGCGCGCGAGGCCCCCAAUGCCGUUACUGGCAUAUAAACAAAGACGAAGAGCGGCGCAAACGCUUUCAUGGACGACAUGUUGGCGCGGCUUCUCCAUUCGGCGCUUAUACUGGGCAUGCAGCAGGUGUUCGACGCCGUGCUGAUGAUUAUGGUUCAUCAUAUGAUGAUUACAUGCCUCCAGAGAAGAGAAUUGCACCUUUUGUUCAGCCUCUACCAGUUCCUAUGAUUCCGGGAGGCCCAACUCGUCUGAUGGUUGAUUUAGAACGUCGAAAUGCUGAACUCAUUGCUGAGGUUGACAGUCUGAAACGUGAAUUACAACGUGAGAAGGAACGCUACGAUGAUUUGAUGUCUCUUUUCCGUGCUACGCAAGCUAAUCAAACUGCUUCGAUUCAAACACGUCCUUCUGGAGCUUCUCAACCAGGUAUUCCAAGUAUGGGAGGACAACAGCAACAGCCUGGUGCGAUGCAACAAUGGGGAACGGGAGGGGGAGGAAAGGCUACUCCAAACUAUAUGGGGCCAUUUGAUUGGACUGCUAAUUGA